CGGUUAAAAAAUCUAGUUGUAUGUAAUAGGAGAAAACGGUUAAUUAGGAAGAAACGGUUACGUAAAAAUGAUAUAUAUAUAUUUUGUUUAUCUUUAAAUAAAGAAAAUAAAUAAGUGGACAUAACCUUACAUCAAUUGGUCAUGUUGCUGUUUUAAUAGAAUAGAUUUUCGUUUAAAGUACUUUUGAAUUUUUUUCGCUUCAGUUUUUCAAUAACACGUGUGUCUUAUUUACAAAAGGAAACAAUUUCACUGAAAUUAUAUGAUGAUGUAAUUAUUAUUUAGUGUCAAAAAAAUAGCUGAAAAGAUAUAUACUAAAAUUUUAGAUAAGUUAAAAAUAUCAAUAACGACAAAAUUGUGUUCCUCUCCUUAAAUCGCUCUGGUGUUCCUAUAAGUAGUUCAGAUUCUUUGUCAACACAAUUCAAUCUAGCAAAAAUUUAUCUAAAAACAAAAAUCCUAAUCAAUAGUACAAUAAUCAUUUAAAUAUUAAUAGAGAGUAGAAGAAAAAAUCGUGCAAACUAAAAUGGAAAAAGUAAAUUUCUUUGCAAUAAUCUUUAUGGUGUUGUUGGUCGUGACAAGGGUUUCUGCGGAAGAGCCACCGGUGAAAGUGACGGCCAAUGAGGUGACUCUUGCGGCGGAGGCGGCAGCAUCGAGUUUCAAAAGCAGCGCCGGAGAGGCUGCUCAAGGGGCCAGAACAUGGGCCGAUUGGGCUACGAGCAAAUUCAGGAAUGCUGGCGUAAAUUUUGAAAAAGCACCCGAUUCAGAGUGAAACGUAUGGAAGUCUCAAGUAAACAUCUACCUUUAAGAAUAUGCAUAAAUGUUUAUCAAGAAAAAUAUGUAAAUUGAGCAAGCAACAAUAUAGUUGCAUUCUCUUGUAUCUUAUUGUAUAAGAAAACUUUCCAUUAAAGCUAACACGUAAUUAUCAAUAAAAUUUGAUAAUAUUAUGUAAAA